AUGGAAACUCCAGAACCAGAAGGAGAGCUUCUGAAGAAGAUUGAAAGGCUCGAAGCUGGUCAAGUUCACCUCAAACAAGAAAUGUCAAAGCUUAAGCUUUCUCAACGUAGAAGGUCUCACUCCGUUUCGCCGCAACGUUCAAGGCUAGGUGCUUCUGCUGCUUCUUUUUCUGCUGCUGCAAAUAACAAAGGCUCCUCUUCACCUCUUCGGAGAGAGAGCCGUAGUAGUAGUAGUCGUCAUGAUCCUCAUCGUCAGAAUGGUGGCAAGUAUCUCAAUAUUUUGCAGUCAAUUGGUCAUUCUGUUCAUAUAUUGGAUCUUCAUUGUCGUGUUAUAUACUGGAACCCUAGUGCUGAAAAUCUGUAUGGUUAUACAGCAGAAGAGGUUCUUGGUCAAGAUGGGAUUGAAGUGCUUGUGGAUUCUAGUGAAUUUGAGUUGGCGAAUGAUGUAUUCAACCGUGUGAAAAUGGGGGAAAGUUGGACUGGUCAAUUUCCUGUUAAGAAUAAGACAGGUGAUAGGUUUGUUGCGGUUGCGACAAAUACACCUUUCUAUGAUGAUGAUGGGAGUUUGGUUGGUGUUAUUUGUGUCUCGAGUGAUUCAAGACCUUUCCUUGAAAAUAUAGUUCCGUUAUCGGUUGGAAAGAAUGAAGAAAAGGAGUCGGGUGUUAGUUUUUCUAGAAUUGGCAUUACUAAUAAACUUGGUCUUGAUCCUCAGCAGCCACUUCAAAAUGCUUUAGCUUCGAAAAUAUCCAAUUUGGCUUCAAAGGUGAGUAACAAAGUCAAGUCUAAGAUUCGGACUCGAGAAAAUGGUGCUAGUGGAGAAGGAGGAGAAACUGAGCAUGGUUUUUCAGACCAGAGAGAGGAUGGUGAUUCUAGUGGAGCUAGCACGCCCGCCGGAGAGAUGCCAGCAUCUCCUUUUGGUGUAUCUUCUCACGUCGAAGAGAGAUCACCGGGGAAACCUAUGAGAAACUCCGGUGAUGAGAGUGAAGAAAAACCGCUACACAAAAUCAUGACUUCUAAGGCGGAAGCAUGGAUUCAAAAGAAAACUAUGUCAUGGCCAUGGAAAACAAAUGAUCGGGAAGGAUCCGAGUCAAAGAAUGUUCGGGUUUCUUGGCCUUGGAUGCAGGGUGAUCAAGAAAAAGUGCCAGUUAAUCAGAAGAAUGUGUCUUCUGGGUUGAAGCUGGAAAGUCGGGCAAGUGAAAGUUAUCAACCUGUUAUUAACGAGGCUUCAGGAUCAUGGUCAUCCUUCAAUGCUAACAGCACGAGUAGUACCAGCAGUUGCGGGAGUGGCAGCGGUAGCAGUUCGGCUGCUAAUAAUAGAGUGGAUGUUGACUCCGAUUGUUUAGAUUAUGAAAUUUUGUGGGAGGACCUGACAAUUGGAGAGUCAAUUGGGCAAGGUUCUUGUGGAACUGUAUACCAUGCUCUGUGGUAUGGAUCAGAUGUUGCGGUCAAGGUUUUCUCAAAGCAAGAAUAUUCAGAAGAUGUAAUACAGUCCUUCAGACAAGAGGUGUCUCUGAUGAAAAGACUUCGACAUCCAAAUAUUCUACUCUUUAUGGGCGCAGUGACUUCACCUCAGCGUCUAUGCAUUGUAACAGAAUUUCUCCCACGUGGAAGUUUAUUUCGUUUGCUCCAAAGAAACACAUCCAAACCCGACUGGAGACGGCGGGUUCACAUGGCCUUAGAUAUUGCACGAGGUGUAAAUUAUCUUCACCAUUGCAACCCUCCGAUCAUCCACCGAGAUUUGAAGACUUCAAAUCUUCUAGUUGACAAGAAUUGGACUGUGAAGGUUGGUGAUUUUGGUCUUUCACGUAUCAAACACGAAACCUAUCUCACGACUAAGACGGGGAAAGGCACGCCUCAAUGGAUGGCACCAGAAGUUCUUCGUAACGAACCCUCAAAUGAAAAGUCCGACGUUUACAGUUUUGGAGUGAUAUUGUGGGAACUUGCAACUGAAAAAAUCCCUUGGGAUACUCUCAAUGCAAUGCAGGUUAUUGGAGCUGUGGGGUUUAUGAACCAUCGGCUAGAAAUUCCGGAAAAUGUUGAUCCACAGUGGGCUUCUAUAAUCGAGAGUUGUUGGCAUACUGAUCCGGCUAGCCGGCCAACAUUCCAGGAACUGCUGGAAAGGCUUAAAGAGCUGCAAAGACGGUAUGCGAUUCAGUUCCAAGCAGCCAGAUCUGCUGGUGGUGAAGUCACUCAAAAGGAAUCCUAG